AUGUCGAAAACAUCAACGUCGGAAGUCCAUACCCGCGAGCGGCGCGACCUCUACCAUGAGGCCGACGUUGUCGUCGUCGGUGCUGGCGUCUUUGGCUGCGCGGCCGCUUUUGCGCUGGCAAACCAGGGACGCUCUGUGCUUCUUCUCGAGAGAUGGUUGCACGAGCCUGACAGGAUUGUGGGCGAACUGCUACAACCGGGCGGGUUGACGGCCCUGAGAAAGCUGGGCCUGGGCCACUGUGUCGAGAACAUCGACGCGAUCCCGUGCUACGGCUACAACGUCAUCUACCACGGAGAGCCGUGCGCCAUUCCCUACCCCAGCCUCAACGAAAAGGGCGAAGUGACACAUGCGUGGGGAGGCAGAGGGACGGGCGAAGGAAUUAAGCAAGAAGGAUGCGGCUUCCAUCACGGCAAGUUCAUCACGCAGCUGCGCAAGGCUUGCUUGGGCCACAAGAACAUCACGGUGGUCGAGACGGAGGUUGUCAAGACGAUUCGAGGAGAGCACACAGACCAGGUUCUGGGCGUCGAGACGCGGACGACGGUCAACAAGGAGACCGGGGAGAAGAAGAGCGACUACUUCUUCGGCCAGCUCACCAUUAUAGCCGACGGCUACGACUCCAAGUUCCGAAAGCAGGUCCUGGAAACGAAACCUGUCGUCAAGAGCAAGUUCUACGCCUUGGAACUCAUCGACACGAAGCUACCACUGCCCUUCCACGGCCACGUUAUCAUCGGCAACGCUUACCCCAUCCUCCUCUACCAGAUCGGCACCCACGAGACGAGAGCGCUCUUCGACGUGCCCCAGAACAUUCCCGAGGCCUCCCCCGAAGCCGGAGGCGUCCGCGGCUACAUCAAGAACUGCGCCAUUCCCGCGCUCCCCGAGUCCGUUCGCCCGGCCGCCGAGCAGGCGCUCGCCGACGGCAAGAUCCCCCGCAGCAUGCCCAACAGCUGGCUCCCCGCGGUGCCCCAGACGCCGAGCGGCCUCGUCAUCCUCGGCGACGCGCUCAACAUGCGGCACCCCCUGACGGGCGGCGGCAUGACUGUCGCCUUCAACGACGCCCUGCUGCUGGCCGAGCUGCUGCACCCCGACCGCAUCCCGAACCUCGAGGACACGGCGGCGAUCCGCGACGCCAUGCACAAGCUCUACUGGCGCCGCAAGAACUUCACCAGCAUCAUCAACACGCUCGCGCAGGCCCUGUACUCGCUCUUCGCCGCAAACGACCGCCAGCUGCGCGCCCUGCAGAUGGGCUGCUUCGAGUACUUCCGCCGCGGCUGGACCGACGGCCCAGCCGGCCUGCUCGGCGGCAUCAUCCAGCGGCCGCUCGUCCUGGCCUACCACUUCUUCUACGUCGCCUUCGUGGCCAUCUGGAUGAACGCCUGCAACGUCAUUGGCGGACCGCUCGGCUUCUGGAAGCUGCCCCUUGCGCUGAUCGACGCCAUCCUCAUCCUGUGGAAGGCUUGCAUCGUCUUUUUGCCAGUCAUCUGGCGGGAGGGCUUCCAAUAA